CGGAAACCCCGUGCUGCCUGUGAAGGGACCCAAGAUGGCUGAAAACUCAAGGGGGGCACUUAGCAAUUAUCUGAGCAAGACGUCUGCAAUGAAUGGCAAAUAACAGUAUAAUGUAAAGCGCUGUCUUGAAUUAAUUAUUCUGCUCUACUUUCUUAGUCUGGACUAUUAUUGGGGCGUCUGAGUAUUAGAAAUGAGAGGGCGGUCUUUCCGCGGCCCCGAGCCAGAACAUGGCGGAAUACUUGGGGAAGAGACACCAGCUAAUGCUAGUUAGCUGGCGUAACAUUUAAAGAAAACCAGACGCGCCGUGCUUGGAUUUAAGCAGUGUUUGUUUUCCGCGAUUGAACAAUAAUGCCGUCGGUGCUCAACAGUGGUGAGAUUGCUUCAAACAUUAGUUUUAAAGUGAAUAUGUAGCGCGUAGGCAGCGAGCGUACUAGCUAGCUCGUUAGCUAACGUUACCUGUAAGCGUACAAACUGUACUAAAAGGGAACGAGUGCGUUUUUGUGAGGCGGGAUUCAUUUUGUAUUCGGGUAUUUCAGCUCAAGACGUAGACUCCGCCACGACUUUCCAUUGUGUGUUUUUUGUAGGUAACGGAAUAUAAACGCCUGUGUCCUUCGUUCAGUUAAUUACACUGUCUUUACCUUGGCACAAUGGUUUCUGCCUGGCGCACUGCCUGCAUAUCCCUGGCGAGAUAAGUUUCGAGGCAGCUUGGCAGAACUAAGCAAAUAUACUCAUACAUGCACAAUCCGUAGUCAAAGUCUGCGAUUUUUUUAUCUCUCUUUGGAUAUUUUCAAAGCGAAGAUCCCCAUUUUUUUUAUAAUUUUUUUUUUUAAAAAGAUACUUCAGAAGUGGGCAGGUGUUGGAGGUGAAACUUAAAGUUGUGUUACUAGGUGAGGCCGCCCCCCAGUAAGAGCCGCUGAAGUUCGGGGGAAGGGUGACAAUCACCUGCCAGGAUGACGGACACUCGUAGGAGAGUCAAAGUCUAUACCCUCAACGAGGACAGACAGUGGGACGACCGUGGGACCGGGCAUGUCUCCUCAUGCUACGUGGAGCGUUUAAAAGGCACUUCUCUCCUAGUUCGAGCAGAAAGUGAUGGCUCACUACUGCUGGAGUCCAAAAUCAACCCGAACACAGCCUACCAGAAACAACAGGACACAUUGAUAGUGUGGUCAGAGGCUGAGAAUUAUGACCUGGCACUGAGCUUUCAGGAGAAGGCUGGCUGUGAUGAAAUCUGGGAGAAAAUAUGUCAGGUACAAGGAAAGGACCCUUCGGUGGAUAUCACGCAGGAAGUUGUGGAUGAGUCCGAGGAGGAGCGCUUCGAUGACAUGUCCUCCCCAGGUCUGGAGUUGCCACCGUGUGAAUUAAACCGCCUGGAGGACCUCGCUGAGCUGGUGGCUUCCUCGCUCCCGUCGCCGCUGCGGCGUGAGAAACUGGCGCUGGCGGUGGAGAACGAAGGCUACAUCCGCAAGCUUCUGGAACUGUUUCGCGUGUGCGAGGACUUGGAGAACAGAGAAGGACUGCACCAUCUGUAUGAAAUAAUCAAAGGCAUCUUCCUGCUGAACCGCACUGCACUCUUUGAGGUGAUGUUCUCUGACGAGUGCAUCAUGGACGUCAUCGGCUGUCUGGAGUUCGACCCAGCGUUGCCGCAGCCGCGGCGGCAUCGAGAGUUUCUGACUAAGACGGCGCGUUUCAAGGAGGUGAUCCCCAUCUCCGACCCGGAACUGCGUCAGAAAAUACACCAGACAUAUCGCGUGCAGUAUAUUCAGGAUAUGGUGCUGCCCACGCCCUCUGUAUUUGAGGAGAACAUGUUGUCCACCCUGCACUCCUUCAUCUUCUUCAACAAGGUGGAGAUAGUGGGCAUGCUACAGGAUGAUGAGAAGUUCCUGACGGAUCUCUUUGCACAGCUAACGGAUGAGGCUACUGAAGAUGACAAAAGACAAGAACUGGUAAACUUUUUAAAGGAGUUCUGUGCAUUUUCACAAACAUUACAACCUCAAAACAGAGACGCCUUUUUCAAGACGUUGUCAAACAUGGGCAUUUUACCUGCACUGGAGGUUAUACUGGGAAUGGACGAUGUUCAGGUGCGCGGGGCGGCCACAGAUAUCUUCUCCUAUCUGGUGGAGUACAACCCCUCCAUGGUACGAGAGUUCGUCAUGCAGGAGUCUCAGCAAAACGAUGACGAUAUUCUUCUCAUCAACCUGAUCAUAGAACACAUGAUCUGUGAUACUGACCCGGAGCUCGGCGGAGCGGUGCAGCUGAUGGGUUUGCUACGGACUUUAUUGGAUCCUGAAAACAUGUUGGCGACUGCAAACAAAACAGAAAAGACGGAGUUCCUGAGCUUUUUCUACAAGCACUGCAUGCACGUCCUCUCGGCUCCACUAUUAGCCAACACAACAGAGGAAAAGCCCAGCAAAGAUGAUUUUCAAACAGCCCAGUUGCUUGCCCUGAUCUUGGAGCUGCUAACGUUUUGUGUUGAGCAUCACACGUAUCACAUCAAGAACUACAUCAUCAACAAAGAUAUUCUAAGGAGGGUUCUGGUUCUCACUGCCUCUCAGCACGCCUUCCUCGCUUUAUGUGCCCUGCGCUUCAUGAGGAGGAUUGUUGGCUUAAAGGACGAGUUCUACAAUCGGUACAUCAUGAGAAACUUCCUCUUUGAGCCCGUCGUUAAAGCUUUCCGCAACAAUGGGUCACGCUACAAUCUACUAAACUCGGCCAUCAUCGAGAUGUUCGAAUAUGUCCGUGUGGAGGACAUCAAGUCUCUGACGGCUCACAUCGUGGAGAACUACUGGAAGUCUCUGGAGGAUGUGGAUUACGUUCAGACGUUCAAAGGCCUAAAGCUGCGAUACGAGCAGCAGCGAGAGAGGCAAGACAACCCCAAACUGGAUAGUAUGCGCUCCAUCCUGCGGAACCACCGCUUUCGUCGCGAUGCGCGGACGUUAGAGGAUGAAGAGGAGAUGUGGUUUAACACGGACGAAGACGACCUGGAGGACGGCGAGGCGGUUGUCCCCCCCUCUGACAAGAUGAAGAGUGAAGAAGACCUCAUGGAACCUAUUAGCAAGUUCAUGGAGAGAAAGAAAUUGAAAGACACGGAGGAUAAAGAAGUGUUGGGGAAGUCGAGCUUGUCGGGCCGGCAGAAUCCCAGCUUCAAGCUUUCCUUCUCCGGAUCCACUAAGACUAGCCUGGCCAGUCCUCCUCAAUCAGCAUCACUGAACCCAGGUUCUCCCGGAUCACCAGGGUCUCCCGGCUCAGGGGCGCGGAGCUCACCCCCCACGACAGCCGUAACCACAAAGGGCGGUUUAGUGGGACUGGUCGACUAUCCGGAUGACGACGAAGAGGAGGAAGAGGAUGAGGACGGAGAAAGUAAAGAGGAUACUCUGCCGCCCACAAAGAAGUCCAAACUGAGCUCGUAAAGGAAAGGCUGUUGCAGCUUAUGCUCCGCUCAGACAGUCUGGGAGCGUGGACUCUUCACGGGGAUGAUCAAACUUGUAGACAAAUUGAAUGAAUUAAAGCCCACCCCCUCUGUGUGAGCGGGUGGCUCGACGAGGAGCGGACUGCCGAUGGAUAUAAAGCCUCCUCAGACUCACCCAGUUCAUAAGAAGUGCCAAUCAGGAGACCAGGAGAGGACAGACGAGUCUGAGAAGCGGAGCGGGCGUCAAAAAGUUUUGGCGGCUGAUAGCGAUCCUACGAGAGAGCCUAGUUGUUGUUUGGUGAGUUCUCAACUAGAGGAAAAAAAGACCACAUACCAACACAAAUGUACACACAGAGCUUAUCUGCUCGGACCAUAACCCACUGCCCCCCCCCCCCCCCCCCCCCCCCCCGCCCCCACCCACUCAGGGAAGGACAUCACAGCGGCCCAGAUGGGUCAGCCAAUUCAGAACCACAAACCACCUAUUGCACCCCCAUUCCCUCCCUAGAGUUCACUUCCUCACUGUUCCUUUCUGCUUCCUCGUUUCUGCUCUCGUUUCCUUCUCUCUGUCGGUUGCUUUUUUUUUUUUUUUUUUUUUGGUUCCCUUUUUGAUUUAGUUUCUAGGACCAGGUGGGAGGCAGCGCGAGGCGAACGGCUGCCCUUGUUGUCAUUCGAUGUCACCAUUGUUGUUGCUCCUCAGUGGACCUUCUUUCUCUGAAGAGAAAAAAAAAAGCCAGCAGUUUUUUUUUUUUUUUUUUUCAUUAUUUUCCUUUUGUUCUCUAUUUGUCUCUUUUCACCUGUUUUUUUGUAAAUGACAACAACAAAAAAAAAGACCUGCCUUUAAAUGUUCAGGAUGUUUUCAGUCACACUUGAACAGGUUUUUAAAGACCUCAGUAGGUGAGCUAGUUUUACCCUCUUUGCCCUUUGAAACUGCAGAUUUUUUGGAGAAUUUGUAAUCCCAUCUUGAUUAAAGAUUGAGUGGAAUUCUAGAUGUGAUGAUUAUUAUUUUUUUUUGUCAUAUCUUCUCAUUUUUUCCCCCUCCCCCCUUUUACGAGUGUACACUUAGUUGUUCGGAAAAUUUGGGACCAUUAAAAAAUGAUCUUUCCUGUAA